AACGGGAUCGUCUGAAACCCUGCCCUCCUCCCAAACCAUCACCGUCGCUUUCGCCGGGAUAUGACAGCAGAAUCUACAGAGACCUACAACUGACUCCGGAAAUGUACAAUCAACUCAGAGGUCUUCAGAAAAAAGCCAAAGAUCUUCGCGCUGAAAUGAGGAAUUUGAGGAGGAUGUCACAGGCACAGGCACAUUCCGUGAAGGAAACCGUACGAGAUACUUUUAUCAAAAUCAGGGCUAUGUUGAUGGCUGGGGGAGAACAAGUGUGGCAAGCAGGUAUGGAUCAAGAAAGGGUCCGACUGACUAGGGAAGAAGACCUUUACAAGCAGGAGAUGUUGAGGUUGGAAAAUGACCUCAGUGAACUCGAGUCGACUGUAGAAGAGCUUCGAGGAAAUGUCAUUAAUCGGAAAACACGCGUGAAUAUGUCUGACGUGGAGAAUAUGGCGCUCAUCUUGAGUAAAAGUUCGAAGACUGUAGCAGAUUUGAAGCUGAGGUUUCCCGGUUUACAAGAUGGAAUGAAGUCGUUUUUGACAACAGAAAUGGAAAAAGUUAUGAGGGAAGAGAAAUUUCUGAAAGAAGAGCCUGAACGAUUGGAAAGUGCUCUAAGAAGGUGUAAAAAGCUAACUGGUACACUGGUUACACUCAAAAGACUGGCCAGUGUUCAAGAACAAAGGCUUCCUUGCUCCAACUCCAAUGACGGACGCCUUUCGCCUACAUCAACGGAAACUCCUCCGGUAACUCCAUCGUCGACGCACAGCAAGCCCCCUACCGCUCCACGUGUGGGGUCGGUCCUCCUCGGGGGAGACAGCAGCCCCUCCGACGGUACCCAGCGUCCGGAGAACGCACUCGACGCUCUGCUAGACGAGUUGCAGACAUUCUCCAAACCCCACCCCAUUGCUCAAACCCAAGACGCCUCCGACUCCGAUGCCCCCGCCAUUCCAGCCAAGGGCGCCCGACCCCCCCAGAUAUCGGAAAUUGGCAGGAAAGGCAGUAUGGACUCUGCCUCAUUCCUACCAACGCAAAAUUUGUCUGUAAGCACGGCCACCGGAAGUCUCAGAAGACUGCAUUCCUAUCCAAGUGGAUCAGACACGGAUAACAGCCCACCAAUACAACCCCUGCAAAGGGAUGUCAAAACUACUGCCAAACCUCCCCUUCCAGAGAGAAACCAAGAACUUCUCCACCAGGUAGUUGCUGGGAAGCGAGUACCACCACCACCUCCUCCAAGAACCAGCUCGAAAUCGCCCUUAGCUUCCCCAACCUCGCCGAAUUUGCCUCCCAAAUCUCCUGCAGCGGGGUUGCAACAUAUCCAGAACGUGCAGAAUAUGGUGGAAAAACCCUUAUCCCAGUUUGAACAAGCGACUCAAAAUUUGGGCCUCCAAACCUUGCGCAGAAAUAUCCCAAACAGGUCGAGUUUCAAGGACCCUUCGAAAUCCCAAACGUUGCCCAGAAAUAUCGGAUCCAACCUCCAAUUACCGGCAGAAGCUGAGGUUAUUUCUGCCAGCAACAGCAGCAGCUGUGAAAGUGUCAACUCCCAAGAUGGUUCCAAGAAAAACAGAAAAGAGGAGUUGGAACACAGACACCAAGAGCUGCUGAAAAAGCAAAGGGCGCUUCAGGAACAAUACGCCAGAUUGCAGCAGUUACAGAGAGGAAACAACACGAUAGCUGUGGUACCUCCAGCUCCAGAUCAGCUGUUGAAGAAAACUGGAAGCGAGUCAAACCUUCUGCAGAAGAUGGGAUUGCAGCUUUCGACUUCGCAAAUCACUGGAUCCCUUACUAACUUACCUAACACCACCAAAACUUCAUUGACUAACACAAACUCUAACCCCAUUAGUUCUUCUAUCGCACCAAAUAACGUAGACGAGCAAAAUAACAAAAAUAACACGAAUACGCAGACCAAUAAAGUUUAUGAGACGGACAUACUGUGACCUACUGAGAUGCGAUUGCAAUCCGUAUGUUGAGAAGCUUGCACAGUUUUAACCUCAUAUCACAAUACUGGAAUGUUAUUAUUUUUUUCAUUGUUGGAUGUUAGGUGUUUAAGGGUACCUCAUUUGCUUCGGUAUGGUUCACAAAGGGCUAUUGUACCUAGAGGAACAUACUUCCCACAUACUUUUGCGAUAAUAUGUGACGAAAAUGACUGAUGAUCCAUGCAAGGAGUCAUGUUCUUCUGAAAAUUGCUGUGUCUCAAGGGACAGUCUCGGGGCCCAUGAUAUUUAUAAUUUGGCCUCAAUAAAAUUCAACGACAAUACUCAAAAAACUAUUCAGGAAAUGAAUAUGACAUCCGGAUAUCAAGAAAUUGCAAUAUAGGUAUUGCAGAUGAAAAACAUUUCCGAAAAAUCCUAUUCACAAGGCUCAUCAAUUAGAUGUGAAAAACAAAACACAAAUAUCAUCAUCAUCAUCAUCAUGUAGCAAAUCCUUCUGUGAAAAAGUUAUGAGAAUGAAUUUGACUUCAUGGAAAAAACAAAAGCGCAUUGAUCUGGAUUAUUUUCAACAAUGUCAUAUAUGUUUGUAUUCAUUUAAUUUCUUUUCUAUUCUAUGUAUCUUUGAAUGUCAUUGCUUCAUUCAAUUUUAUUGAAUUACUACUAUUCAAUUCUGAGAAAAAUAAGCAAUGAAGUUGAAUUAUUGGGGAUGCUGGUUGAAUGUGGCCAAAUCAGGAAAAGUUAAAGAACAAUACUCCCUAUUUGCGAUACAACUAUGUAGAAUUGAUGUUUCUUCUUCUAUUGCAAUAGGUCAAUUCGAAUACUCAUUUUCUAUCAAAAAUUUUUUACCUGAUGGACAAUAGCCCUUUAUGAACUUUCAGAACGUUCGAAUAUCAAAAUAAUGUAUUUAUUUCAAGGAUCAAUAUAGAAGAUGUGCGCACUUUCGUUAUUAUCACACUGUACAUAUAAAUUAAAGGAUUUUAAAUAUU